AUGAGCCCCCCCAUAGACCCCGUGGAAGACCCCGACCGGAUUCACCAGUUAGUGCAAAUGGUUGAGGAGUAUCAGCAGCAAGAUCAACAGGCCCAUGAAACCAUCAUCCAGGCCGGGGAGUUAGAUGAAGCCACGCCAUGGUUGAAUCGGACGGGGUGGGUUCGGUAUUUACAAGGGACCCCCCGGCAGCCAUUAUUCGAGAGUACCCAGCGCCCCGAGGAGGAUGCCGAGGGACCAGAGCGUAUCGCAUUGGUCAUUUGGGAGGCCAUGGAGCGAUUGGCAUCGGUGAGCCAGGAGAUCGCCAAGGCGUGCGGGCAUUUAGUACGCAUUGAUGUGGUCCGUACGAUGAAGGACGAGAGUCCACAUAAGCCAUUAUUGGCAUAUUUAGAUGCCACCGCCAUUCAAAAGCAUGUGGCACCGUGGCAGCAGAUUAUGAUGUUUUUUGCACGAACCCAGAUUGAACAUGAUUGGGAAUCACCCAAGUAUUCAUUUACCCCCCGACAGCAGCAGUUAUGGGAUGCCGUGUGGCGCCAUGCCCAGGCCCAGGCCAGUUGUCCCGACCCCGAGGAUGAUGAGCCCGAGCCAUUCGAGAUUCGUCCCAUCGAGCAUGCAUUAUUAACGUUUUGCAUCGAUUUAUUACGCCAGAAGAUCCGCAACGAUGAAUAUGGAUGUGCCAUGAUUUGUGCCACCGCCGUGAUUGGAUGCGGGCAGUUUGGUUGGGCCACGCCCGAGAAUUUCCCCCCCCGGAUAUCCAGUUUGAUCAAGAUCGCGCGGUUUUUUAUUUUGCACAAAGCAUUGCGGUUAGACCCCCGGUCAUCGGAGAUCCGUCGUGGGUUCGCCGGGCAGCAGAACCCGCCAUGGUUUGAAGGUGAUAUGAUCGGCAUCGAUGAGGCAUAUGCCCACGAUGAUGAAGGAUAUGGCAGUGCCCCCCCAUCCCCGGUGGCCAUGCGUAGUUCCCCCCCCACCAGCGAUGACAUAUUAGGAGCAUUGACACAGGAGCAGCGCCAGCAUCCCGACCGAACGUUCCCCGAAUGGGUCACAUAUUUGGUGGAUUUAUUCAUGGUUCGUGGGACCAAUGGCCCCGUCCAGUGGUGGUUAGAUUUACGUACGUACGGACGGACGAUAUUUAUGAAUACCCCCAGCGAGGGUCAUAUCGGGUGGAAGUCCGGAGAUGAAUUGUUGUACAAACAGAUCCAUUUUACCAUGGGCCAUUUCCGCGGAUUUGUGCAUGGGUUGGUUGGCCGGUUACGGCAGCAGUUGGUCCACGAGUUGAUGUUUUGCACCGAUCACCCGCCCCCAGCCAUCCCGUGGGAUCAUUUGUACGAUGAUGCCACGCAGAGUGCCACCGGAUGGAGUUUUUUACAGGAUUUACGUACAUCGUGGCCGGUCCAGGGUCCGACGUGGUUCAUGGAGCGUAUCCGCCACGAGCCCCGAUUACAGCGUCAGUUUGUACAGUCCCACGGGGCCGGGUUCCGGAUGCCCGCCAUCGAUCGGUUUUUUCGAGUGGUGAGCCAGUUCCGUGAGCGGUUAAGCGUGGCCGUCCAUGUUUGUGCCGGUCAACCCAGCCGGGGUCCCGAGUUAAUGAGCAUCCGGCAUCGUAACAGUGAGCGAGAGCGCCGCAAUAUAUUCAUUGAGGAUGGCAUGGUCACAUUUGUCAGUCGAUACCAUAAGGGGUUCCAUGUGGCCAAUGAUACCAAGGUGAUUUUCCGAUAUUUACCCCGGGAGAUUGGUGAGUUGGUCAUAUGGUAUUUAUGGUUAGUAUUGCCAUUUGUGGAGCAGAUGCAGUCAUAUCAGCGGCAUAUACGGGGCGAAGCCGCCACCAUCGGUCGACGGGCCGAGUAUGUAUGGUCCCCGGAUCCCGAUCGGCAGACCGAGUGGAGUAGCGUCCGGUUACGGGAGGUAUUGAAGCGCGAGACCGCGAUUGGAUUGGAUGGGCAGAAGUUGGGAUUACAGGCAUACCGUGACAUCGCCAUCGCCAUCAGCCGGCGGUAUUUACGCCCCAGCAGUCAGUUCCAGGCCAACACCGAGGAGGAGGCCCCCGACAUUGACGACGAGACAUCCAUGGAUGAUGAUGGGAUCCGAGCAUUCAUUGCGGAUAUCCAGGCCGCGCAUUCCGCCAGCAUUGCCGGGACGCAAUAUGGCCGGAUGAUGAUGGAGAAUCCCAACACCACGGCCCGGCACCGCGAGUUAUUCCGCCAGGUGAGCCAGGAUUGGCAUUAUUUUUUAGGAUUCGAGUCCACCCGUAUCGAACAUGACCGCCGGGCCCCCGGCACCAAGCGUAAGCCCAACCCAUGGGAAGUCGAAACGGCCGAGGCCCGUACGCAGCGUCGAUAUGAUUUACACCAGACCAACAUAGACGAGGCAUUCCAGCACAUGAUGGGGAGCAACACCGUAGCAUUGCGGGGGCAACAGGGUCCCGUAUUACAAGCCAUCAAGCAUGGGGUAAGCCCCAUUGUGGCGGUCAUGCCCACCGGGGGAGGUAAGAGUGUGUUGUUUAUGUUGCCCGCGUGGGUGAGUGGCCGUGCCGGGUUAACCAUCGUGGUUGUUCCAUUGAUUGCAUUACGCGGUGACAUGGAAGCACGAUGCCAGCGAUUGGGGAUUUCAUGUGCGGUAUGGGACCCCCGACGGCCACCCGAUGGGGUAUCCAUCGUAUUGAUCACGCCCGAGAGCACCGACAGCGAUGCAUUUGCCGAUUUUGUGACCCGGCAGCGGAUGUUACAGCGAUUAGAUCGGAUUGUGGUGGACGAGUGCCAUAUGGUAUUAAGUCAACAGGAGCGAUUCCGGCCAUUAUUCCAGCAGUUGGGCAAGUUACGAACCGCAGCCACCCAGAUCGUGAUGUUGACCGCGACAUUGCCCCCCCCGCAGCGAGGAAUUAUUAUUCCAUCGGAUGCAUUGGGUCCGGGAUCAAGUGGUAUUAUAUCGGGGCCACACCAGCCGGCCCAAUAUCGCAUAUCGUGUCCAUACGAUCCCCGUAGACGAUGGAUAUGA